AUGGAUAUGGAUUUUACCAUUCCAUUGUCAUCAUCUCAAAACUUCACUGAUCUCUUGUCUCAACAAGGGAUCAACACUCCAAACAUCAACACUCCAAACAUCUUCUCCCAACCACAAUCACCUUUACCUGAGACAUCUAAAGAUGCAGUAGUCAAGCACAGAUGGACUAUCCCUGAAGAAAAGAUCCUCAUAUGUGCUUGGUUACACACAUCUAAAGAUGCCAUUGUUGGGAAUGAGCAGGGAGGAGGGAGGUUCUGGGAUAGAGUUGCUAGUUUCUACGCUAGUAGUCGUACUGUGGCCGGUCUUCCAAUCAGGGAGGCCAAUACUUGCAAGCAGAAGUGGUGCAAAAUCAAUGAGAUGGUGUCCAAGUUUGCUGGAUGCAUGGACGCUGCUGAAAGGGCUAGAAAGAGACCAGAAGAUGAAGUUUACCUUGGAUCAUGCUUGGAGACUGCUGAGAAAUGA